AGUCAAAUCAGAAUUUAGAUUGAUAUUUGUAAACAAGAUUGACAAUUGAAGGAGAAACUCGAAAAAUCGUAUUAUUCUUCUAUAUACAGAGCUAUGUCUGAAUACUGGAAGUCAAAUCCAAGGAAGUUUUGUGACUUCUGUAAAUGCUGGAUAGCAGACAACAAGCCUAGCGUCGAAUUCCACGAGAGGGGAAAACGUCACAAAGAAAAUGUGCAGAUACGGCUGGCAGAGAUGGGGAAAAAGGGACGGGAAGAUUUUGAGGCCAAGCAAAAUGAAGCUGACUUUCUCAAAUCAAUGGAAGAGGCAGCAUUAAAGGCAUACAAAAGCGACAUUGAGCAGAAUCCCGACAUGACAGGAUCCAAAAUAAGUGAAAUUGCCGCAGCUAGUAAUGCAGAAAUUGUCAUCAAGGAUAAAAAGAAAGAAUCAAAAAACAGUAGUAAAAAAGAAGCAUCUGGAAUCAAGAACUGGUAUGAAGCGAAGUCACCAGAAGGUUACACUUAUUACUGGCACGUUGAAACAGGUGAAUCAAAAUGGGAGACUCCAGAUGAAGGUUACUUAUCCAUAAAGGAACAGGAAAAAUUGAGCACCAAGAGUGACAAGGGAUCAGAGAACACUACAGCAGCCUCUGCCUCUCUUCCUUGCGGUCCAGUCCAGAAAGCAGAAGCCUUUAGCUCGUGGAAAAAAGUUGAAAAGGAACCAGCCAAGCAGAUUGACUACCAGUUGCCAGAGCUCCCUGAAAAUGAGUACUAUGGUCCAGAGCUUUCCUUCAAGCAACAGGAGUCUACUUUUAAGGAGAAGACAGUGACUCUCUCAGCAAAGGACAGAAGCAGUGGAGUAAAUGUAGGAUUCAAGAAGAGAAGAGCAGCCGACGACAUGAAAAAGAAUAUGAGACGGAGAACAGAUGAUUUAUAGUUGUUUCCUCCUCUUUUGUAUUUUUUUUUUCUUUUUUGUCUCCUUCAUUUUAGUGAUUUUAUUAUGACUUAUUUCCAUCUUAUUUGCUCUUUUUUUUAUUGUCCAUCUUUCGUGCCUAUAAUUUUCCAUUUUUCCCUUUAGUAUUUUCUCUCUUAUUCCUUUUCUUUCUCUGUCUCUCUCUGACUUCUAGUAAACUAGCCCAUUAUGUGAUGGUUAAAGAGACACACAUUGUAAUUUUGAAUAAAAGCCUUGUUGAUA